GAGAUGAUGAAGAAGAAACAUCAAUGUUGGAUUAAGCUCAAAUAUGAAUUCUGUAGUUCAUUAUAGCACAAGUGUUGUAGUUCGUCAAGCUUGUCGCUUUCUCUUCACAUCGAGGAGAUUUUGCAAUGGUAGCAUCGGUGGUGAUGUAACCGAUAAUGGGACCGAAGAGCCCUUGAAGAUAUCCUGGGAAUCAUCGGAGAUGGAUUGUGGGUUUGACGAGGAGGAACAUGGUGAGAAAAUCUCUAUUAGAAGAAGGUUUAUGGAGAGUGCUAAGCUCGGUGCGUCUCGGGUUCUCGAUACUUUACAGCAAGAUUGUCCCGGUUUCAAUACGAAAUCAGCUUUAGAUGAUUUGAAUGUUACAAUCUCAGGACUUUUAGUGAGAGAGGUUCUUGUUGGGAUCUUAAGGACACUGAGCUAUGAUAAUAAGACAAGGUGUGCUAAGCUAGCUUACAAGUUCUUUGUGUGGUGUGGUGGACAAGAGAAUUUUAGGCACACUGCGAAUUGUUAUCAUUUACUUAUGAAGAUCUUUGCAGAGUGUGGUGAGUAUAAAGCCAUGUGCAGGCUAAUUGACGAGAUGAUCAAAGACGGUUAUCCAACAACGGCAUGCACAUUUAAUCUGUUGAUAUGUACUUGCGGUGAAGCAGGCCUUGCUAGAGAUGUCGUGGAGCAGUUCAUCAAGUCGAAAACUUUCAAUUACCGACCUUACAAACACUCUUAUAACGCUAUUUUGCAUUCUUUGCUGGGGGUGAAACAGUACAAGCUGAUUGAUUGGGUUUACGAGCAGAUGUUAGAAGACGGGUUUUCGCCGGAUGUUCUGACUUACAACAUUGUAAUGUUCGCAAACUUUAGGUUAGGGAAAACAGAUCGGCUUUACAGAUUACUCGAUGAAAUGGUUAAAGACGGGUUUUCUCCUGAUUUAUAUACAUACAACAUCCUCCUCCACCAUCUAGCCACAGGAAACAAGCCUCUCGCUGCUCUUAACCUUCUAAAUCAUAUGAGGGAAGUAGGAGUAGAGCCCGGUGUUAUCCAUUUCACUACUCUGAUAGACGGGCUGAGCCGAGCUGGGAAGUUAGAAGCUUGCAAAUACUUUAUGGACGAAAUGGUGAAAGUUGGGUGCACGCCGGAUGUUGUUUGUUACACUGUUAUGAUCACAGGCUAUAUAUCAGGUGGGGAGCUCGAGAAAGCAGAAGAAAUGUUCAAAGAGAUGACAGAAAAGGGUCAACUCCCGAAUGUUUUCACAUACAACUCGAUGAUCCGUGGGUUUUGUAUGGAGGGGAAAUUCAAAGAGGCGUGCUCGUUGCUCAAGGAAAUGGAGUCAAGAGGGUGUAACCCUAAUUUUGUGGUGUAUAGUACACUGGUGAACAAUCUUAGAAACGCAGGGAAGGUUUUAGAGGCUCAUGAGGUAGUAAAAGACAUGGUGGAGAAAGGGCAUUAUGUUCAUCUUAUUUCAAACCAAUUGAAAUCAGAUAUGUCAUCGGGAGGAGCCGGAGAGUACAACGAAGACAGACAUCUGUUGCGAUCCACCGACGGGGAUGAAGUCGACAUUGGCGGAGGAGUCGGCGAUCUUGAUGUUGAAUCUCAGUCUCCGGCUGUCAGAAGUGGAGCUGGAGGAGUUAGGGAUCUGUUCAAGCAUCUAGAUCGGAGAUUUUCACUUUCCGGGCGUCGUUUAAGCUUUAAACGGAUGGAGAAUAUCAGAGUCGAUAGAGAGCGCCACAAUCCGUCUUCUUCUUCCGCGUUGUCGGCUGCUGGAGUAGAAGAUGGUGGUGGUAUCAGUAAUUUACAUAACGUUGAUGAUCGAAAUGACGAGUACGGGUUUGAUGAAGAAGUUCUCGGAGAUAGUGCUCCACCUGAGUGGGCUCUGCUUCUCAUCGGUUGUCUUAUCGGUGUUGCCGCUGGAAUUUGUGUCGCCGGAUUCAAUAAAGGGGUUCAUGUCAUUCAUGAGUGGGCAUGGGCUGGUACUCCCAAUGAAGGUGCUGCAUGGCUUCGUCUACAGAGACUUGCUGAUACUUGGCACAGGAUUCUUCUAAUUCCGGUCACUGGAGGUGUUAUAGUAGGAAUGAUGCAUGGUUUGCUUGAGAUCUUAGACCAAAUCAGGCAAUCCACUUCUUCUCAAAGACAAGGACUAGAUUUUCUUGCUGGUAUUUAUCCAGUGAUAAAGGCCAUCCAAGCUGCUGUGACCCUUGGUACAGGAUGUUCACUGGGUCCUGAGGGACCUAGCGUCGACAUUGGAAAGUCAUGUGCCAACGGUUUUGCACUCAUGAUGGAAAACAACAGAGAAAGGAGAAUAGCUCUCACUGCAGCUGGUGCGGCUUCUGGGAUUGCAUCUGGUUUCAAUGCAGCAGUGGCGGGUUGUUUCUUUGCUAUCGAGACCGUUUUAAGACCUCUACGGGCCGAGAACUCGCCUCCAUUUACCACUGCAAUGAUAAUAUUGGCCUCUGUUAUAUCAUCGACCGUGUCAAAUGCACUGCUUGGGACUCAAUCAGCUUUCACAGUUCCCUCAUACGACCUUAAGUCAGCUGCAGAGCUCCCUCUGUACCUGAUAUUAGGCAUGCUUUGCGGUGCUGUCAGCGUUGUUUUUUCUCGUCUCGUCACUUGGUUUACGAAGUCAUUCGACUUCAUCAAAGACAAAUUUGGUCUUCCUGCUAUUGUGUGCCCUGCACUAGGUGGUUUAGGAGCUGGAAUUAUUGCUCUCAAGUACCCUGGAAUUUUGUAUUGGGGGUUUACAAAUGUUGAGGAAAUCCUGCAUACUGGAAAAAGUGCUUCAGCUCCUGGAAUCUGGUUAUUAGCUCAGUUAGCCGCAGCCAAAGUUGUGGCUACAGCUCUUUGCAAAGGCUCUGGGCUUGUAGGCGGUCUAUAUGCACCAAGUUUGAUGAUUGGUGCUGCUGUUGGUGCUGUAUUUGGGGGUUCGGCUGCUGAGAUUAUUAAUAGAGCUAUUCCUGGUAAUGCUGCUGUUGCUCAACCACAAGCUUACGCUCUGGUUGGAAUGGCAGCGACUCUAGCUUCAAUGUGCUCUGUUCCUUUAACAUCAGUAUUACUGCUGUUCGAGCUAACGAAAGAUUAUAGAAUUUUGCUUCCCCUCAUGGGAGCUGUUGGUUUAGCAAUAUGGGUUCCCUCUGUGGCAAACCAAGGCAAAGAGAGUGAUUCAUCUGAUGGUCGUAACACAGGAAGAGGAUACUCUACCCUUUUACCUUCCGAGCGUAAAACCGAAGGCGUCUGGAGACACACUGAUGAUGCUGACUCCCUUGAGCUUACAGUCAUAGAGAACCCUGACCAUGAUUCCUUUUUGGAUGAAGAAACUAUUCUGGAAGACCUAAAGAUAAUGCGGGUUAUGUCAAAGAACUACGUGAAAGUUUCUUCAGGAACAACUCUAAGAGAAGCAAGAAACAUCCUUAAAGACAGCCACCAAAACUGCCUUAUGGUGGUCGAUGACGAUGAUUUUCUAGCCGGAAUUCUAACACACGGCGAUAUCAGAAGAUACUUGUCAAAUAACGUCUCUACAAUCUUAGAUGAGAAUACAUGUCCGGUUUCUUCUGUGUGUACUAAGAAAAUAAGCUACAGAGGCCAAGAACGUGGUUUACUUACUUGUUAUCCAGAUGCGACGGUUGGUGUAGCCAAGGAGUUGAUGGAGGCAAGAGGUGUGAAGCAAUUACCUGUUGUAAAACGAGGUGAAGUAAUUCACAAAGGAAAACGAAGGAAACUGCUUGGCCUCCUUCAUUAUGACUCCAUUUGGAGUUUUCUCAGAGAUGAAAUGAGUCGUAGGAGAUCGAUCAACGACCGGAGAAAAGACAAAGAGGUUGGUGCAAAUGGGCAUUGAUUGGGUUUGUCCCCAUUUUGGUAUAGCUUUUUAAUUUCUUCUUUUUAAUUUUUGAGGUCCAAUUGAUUAGAACGAAGAAAACAAGAUCGUAAAAAUAAUAUUAAUAUACACCUCUGUAUUAG